CUCCUCCAGGUUGCUUCCGCCCGCCCCUCACAGAUUCCUCCCCACUCCCUCCCUCGGCCCCUCCCCGUAACCUCGUUCCUCUCCGCCAACCGCGCUCGACGCUCGACGCGGCGCGGGCCUCCCGCCGCCAGGGCAAGGCUCGGGGCGGGCGCGCGUGGUUAUCUCACGCCAUUCUGACAUCCACGCAUGGUGGCACCGACCGCUCUCCGCGCCCCGCUCCUCUGAUUAUGCUCCUGAUAAUUUAGGAUCUCGCUGUUUCCGACGAGGUUGCUGCUCCGAGGGGCAGGAUGAGCAGCAGAGCGCAGCAGGGCGAAAAGGGCUCCUCCGAGUCAGCCGCCCGCACGCGGCCUCUGAGCAUCCAUGAGAUCUUGCUGCGGCGGGAGAAGAAGGCCCUCGCAGAGGCUAAGAAGGCCGCCGCGGAAGCUAAGAAGGCCAGGGAAGAGCUCCAGGGCAAGGAUAAGGGUAAACCUAACCACUCGGAGCCGGGAAGAGGGCACAAGAGCAGAAAGGAUCUCAAGGAUAUGCCUGCCGAGGGUUCCAAAAAGGAGGAGAGUGUUAGAGAUGCGACAAGGGAGGACUCCAAGAAGGAUGAUGUGCGACGUGCGUCUAAGGAGGGUUCCAGAAAGGAGAGCAUUAGAGAUGCACCCUCCAAGAAGGAUGAUGUGAGGCAUGCAUCUAAGGAGGGUUCCAAAAAGGAGAGCAUUAGAGACGCACCAAAGGAUGUCUCCAAGAAGGAAAACUUGAAAGAGAGGCCAAAACAUGGCUCCAAGCUGGAUGAAUUGAAAGAUACACCAAAGGUUCCAAGGAAGGAUGACCACAGAGAUGCACCAAACAAGGGCUCCAAGAAAGAGAGGUCCUCUGUAAGAGAUGAUAGUCAGUCAGCUGGCAAAGACAAAGAUGCUCAUAAUUCACUUAAACAUAGCACAAGCAUGAGAGGCCGGCCUGCUGAAAGCAAGGAUGGAAACCAUGGUGAAAUCAGAGCAAGAAAUGGUGAUGCGACAAGAUCUGAGUCUCUAAAGGGACCGGGGAAGAGAUGGAAUGGCGAACCUGUUCACAAUGAUAGAAUCAUGGAGAGGAGCGACAAGCUCCGGAAUGAAGCAAAAAGGAAAAUCCAUAGUUUUGAUGAGGAAAAGCCUUCAUAUGUUGAUCGACCGGUGCUCAAGAAACAUGAUUCCGCGCGAUUCCGAGUUUCCAAACACUAUGACAUAAAUGAUGCAAGGAGAGAGUACGGAAAACCAUACCGUGAAGAGCCCAGGUCAAAAAGGAGAAGGUCAAGAAGCAGGGAUCAUGAUCAAGGAAGACGUGACAGAUCUCUCUCAUUAUCCCCAAGGGAACAAAGGCGUAGCUACCAUGGAAAUGAUCAUGACAAUUAUCCUCCUGGAAGGAAGUAUGCUGAAAACGACAGGUACAGAACAUCUGAUAAUGUUGGACAAGGUGGUGGGUCUUACCAGAGAUAUGAAAGUCGGCUUGGUGGCUACUCACCAAGGAAAAGGAAAACAGUGCCACAAGACGAACAAUUGACUACCACGAUUACCCCACCAGUCAUUCGAUCACCAGAAAAGAAACCAGCCACGUGGGAUCAGCCUCCCACAGCAGCAGACCAAUCUAAUUUCCUCACCAAUUUGCAGCCAAUUGUUAGUCAAACCUCUUCUGUUUCAGUCAGUUUUAGCGCACCAAAGCAGAACCCUGCUACUGCGCUUGACACUAUAUUGUCGGGGAAUAGUUCGUCUAUUGAUUCUGUCCAGCUAACACAAGCAACACGCCCACUUAGGAGGUUGCACAUAGAGAAUUUAACUAGUUCAGCUUCAGAGGAUAUGUUGCUUGGUUGCUUGAAUGACUUCUUGCUGUCAUCGGGUGUUAACCGUAUCCAGAGGUCUAAACAACCAUGCCUCAGUUGCACGAUAAAUAAGGAAAAACGCCAGGCAUUUGUUGAAUUUCUUACACCAGAGGAUGCAACAGCAGCUCUUUCUUUCGAUGGAAGAUCUUUCAAUGGGUCUACUCUGAGAAUUAGACGCCCCAAAGAAUAUAUUGAAAUGGCACAUGUUGCUCAAAAGAAGCCCGUGGAAGAAGAGAUUAAAGAAGCAUCUGAUGUUGUUGCAGAUUCACCACACAAGAUUUUCAUUGCUGGUAUUUCUGGUGUUCUUUCAUCUGAGAUGCUCGUGGAAAUUGUUAGUUCAUUUGGCCAGUUAGCUGCAUACCACUUUGUUUGUAAUGAGGACCUUGGUGGGCGAUGUGCAUUUCUUGAGUAUAUUGAUCACUCCAUUACAAACAAGGCAUGUGCUGGCCUCAAUGGGAUGAAGCUUGGUGGGUGCAUCCUAACUGCUGUUCAGGUUUUUCCCAAUCCUCUCGAGGUUCGCAAUGAAGCUUCCCCAUUUUAUGGUAUUCCUGAUAGUGCCAAAGCGCUUCUUGAAGAACCAACAAAUGUCCUGCAGCUAAAAAAUGUGUUUGACCAAGAAGAGUUUUUGGCACUUUCAAAACCUGAGCUGGAGGAAAUAUUGGAAGACGUACGCAUGGAGUGUGCAAGGUUUGGAGCAGUCAAAUCCAUAAAUAUUGUAGAGUAUCCUGCUAGCAGUGACAGCAUUACUGAGGAUGUCCUUGAGCCCAAAGAUGAGCCUGUAAAGCUUGAGCCCACUGAAUGUCGUGUUAAUGAUAACUGUGUGGAGACUGGAACAGAUUGCUCUUUACCAAGUAGGAGCAUAGUAGUUCCGUCCAACCCUAUGGAAAUUACAGGUGCUGAGUGCCAGGAUCACAAAGAGCUUGACACACUUCGUGAAUGUGAUGGGUCUGCGGCGGCAGAUCAGUAUACCGACCUAGAUGACAUCCAUGCUAGAGCUGCUGGCCCCACAGUGGAUCAACAAACAGAGACCGACCAUAUGGAUUCUGUGCAGGCUGAUCAAGAUGCUACUGCAGUGGGUGACUUCCAUGCUAGAGCUGCUGGCCCCACAGUGGAUCAACAAACAAAGACCGAUCAUAUGGAUUCUGUGCAGGCUGAUCAAGAUGCUGCUGCAGUGGGUGACAUCCAUGCUAGAGCUGCUGGCCCCACAGUGGAUCAACAAACAGAAGCCGAUCAUAUGGAUUUUACGCAGGCUGAUCAAGAUGCUAUUGCAGUGGAUGACAUCCAUGCUAGAGCUGCUGACCCCACAGUGGAUCAACAAACAGAGGCUGAUCAUAUGGAUCCUCUGCAGGCCGAUCAAGAUGCUACUUCAGUGGGCGACAUCCAAGCUAGGGCUGCUGGCCCCAGAGUGGAUCAACAAACGGAGGCUGAUCAUGUGGAUUCUUUGCAGGCUGAGCAAGAUGCUACUGCAGUGGGUGACAUCAAUGCUAAAGCUGCUGGCCCCACAGUGGAUCAAGAAAUGGAGGCUGAUCAUAUGGAUUCUACGCAGGCUGAUCAAGAUGGUACUGCAGUGGACUACAUCCAAGGUAGGGCUGCUGACAUGGAUUCUACACAAACUGAUCAAGAUGCUUCUGCAGUGGGUGAAGAUAGUUUAGGAGAAGGACAUGCAGGCCCAACAACUUUGGAGGCCUGUGCUUCUACUACACCCGGAGAUGUGGUGGUGACAUCCGAAACUGAGAAGGAGCAACAAAGCGCUGAUGAUGUGAGUGAAAGUGGUGCAGAAAAACAACCUGUGGCUGACACCAGAGACGUUGCUCCAGUUUCAGACACCGUCGUGCUGGAAGCUGGCUCUAUACUGGUGGAGUUCAUGCGGAAGGAGGCUGCAUGCAUGGCCGCACAUUCCUUGCAUGGGCGCAGCUUCGGCGACAGGACCGUGUCUGCUGGAUACGCCCCUCAUGAUCUCUACCUGCAGAGGUACCCGAGGUGAUUUCCGCCACGACGGUGAUGUUCCGAUCCGAUGACACCUGAUGCUUGUGGCUGUAACAGAAACACAUAGGGCAGGUCUUGUAGUUUUGAUGUUUUGGAUGGGUCAGUCAAGUAGCUUGGGAUCAAGAUGAUGUACCGUUAGUUGGGAGGUAAUCUAGUAGGAGACCCAUAGCAGAAGCACUUUUGGGCUGAAGACAAUGGGAUAACCACUGGCCGUUAGCAUUUUUGUUGUGAACUUUUGAUACCUAUAUUUUUGCAGCGAGGGGAAAGAACCUGAACAUCAUUCCCUUGUUAUCGUUGCUGUUGAUUUGGGUUACAUUACAUGGGUGGGUGUGAGGCUCUUUUAUAAUUAUAUAUGAAAAAACAGACACUUAUACUCCCCCUCCCCCAUCCAUUUUGUUCAGCAAUGUUAUCAAUCGAAAUGGUAAUUUCCAUUGCCCAUUUUAGGCA